CAUCUUUCACCUCCCUCAAUGCGGCCAUUGCAGCAGUCACCUGAUCUCCGCCAGGCCUCCCCCUUCCGCCGACGAGCCCUGGAGCUCGGAGCCCUCCACCGGCGACCACUGCAGCACGACCCCUCCUUUGGGCGACGCCUCAGCCCACCUUCGUCUUUGUCGGCCGAAGGGGUUGCUCUUUGGUGCCGACUAGAGCCCCUACCGCCACCUCCUGUCCGGCAACUCUUACAGUCACAAGAACCGCCCGGGCCGCGGCGACUUCACCGCCCUUUCUCGGCCCCAAUUCGAAGAGUAAGCAUCAACAGACGAUCGGCUGACGAUCGGCAAUGGGAGCGUUAGGGCUUCACCUGACGGACUGCGAGAUUGUUCUGUCGGAGAUUAAGCAUCAGGAGAAGCAGCUCCGUCUCAAAAGGAGGUGGUUGAUGGGAUUGCCAUUAACCCAAGGGGAGCAGAGGCAUUUCGAAGGACCCAAGUUCUUGAAAGAAAAGACCUUGCCUGAAUCGCUGCUCAGAGAGGAAGAUAUUUUUUUUGAGACUGCAAAAGAUCGUGUUGAGGAAGCAUUUGGAGAACGAUGUACUGAAAAUGAAUGCAGUGUUGCUCCUGAGAGUUUUGAACCUUUUGACCUGCCUAAGACAAUAAGACAUAUCCGCUCUCAUAUCUAUGAUUUGACCUGUCGUGGACUUUAUCAUUUGGCAAUGAUAGUUUCUGGAGGCUCUACUAGACUCUCGAGAACUCGCCAAAGUAUGAGAAAGGUUGUUAUAGAAUCUGUCCCAAAGGUUCUUCGUAAGCACAGAAACUGUCAUUGCAACUGUGAACUGUGUAAACAGCUUUAUCAACUUCUGCAUGAUCCUCGUAAUUUCAGAGGAAAUAAUGCAGUGUUCUUGGCUCCUGUAACGUGGUCUGAGAAGGCUGCUGUUAUUAAGAUUCUUGAUAGACUUGAGGGCUUGCCUUACGAAGUUCUGAAUGCAAUUAAUAGAAAGCUAAAAGGAAAGGCGGUAAAAGCCCCUUCCAGAUGUGGACGAAGUCGAGAUCAACUGGUGAAGCAAGUGAGAAGAACUAGUAUGGAGAUGCUUUCAGAACUUGGUAAGAAGGAUGUGCUACCGGAACCAUUAGCCAAAGCAAUGACAAUAGCUGUCUUGUCUCUGAAGCUGAUUUCUGGCCCUCAAAGUUUCUCCUUUUCAAGAUUUUGCAAGAUUUCAACGGAAAUGAAAACCUUGCAGGAUGACAUAGUAAAUGCUCUUUGGCUAAUGAGAACAAAAGAAUUCCAAUCUCAGGAGCUGAAUAAAUUGCGACUUUUGUUUGACCCCAGUGCUAAAAUUUCCAGCAAGUAUACAAAACCUUUGGUUAAAAAGAUGCUUACUGGAUAUCUUUUCGAGUGCUCUGAUGUGGAUGCCGUUCCCAAAUCUAUAUUGGAAGGACUAGCUUUUAUUAAUCGGAAGUCUUGGACUGUAUCAAAUGCACUCUUUUCCAAGGAUAAACUUGAAGAAGACAUUGAAUGUAUAUUGGAUUUGAGUGCUCGGACCAAGCAAAUUGCUUGGGAUUUGCUCCCUGAAAAUGAGUAUCACAAAGGUUUCACCGAUGCAUAUCUGGAGGAAUUACAGGAGAGUGAUUAUGAUGAAUCUGGAGAUGAAGAUGGGGAUGAAAGAUCCCCAAAAUGUCUGAAAGAUGAUGGCUCAGAGACUGACCUCCUUGUAGAAGGUUUUGGGGAAUCAACUGCCGUUAGUUUUGGCCAAUCACCUGUCACUGUUAGGGAGAAUAAUAUUUCCCCUCUUGUCACCACCAGCGGAGUUAUCACUCCAAAGCUAGAACCAGAUUGCUGUACUGGAGUUGAUUCUGCUUCACCUUGGUAUACUGGUCCUGCAGUCCUAUUCCAAGAUUUCAAGCCUUCUGAAGGCAUGGAUAUAGAUGCAACAGGACAUAUGAGCAGUUUCUGUUCUCCAAAAGCAGCAGCUGAGGAUACUUUCACAGCAUCCCAUGUUAGAUUCUCUGCCAAUUCGUUUGAGAGACACAAAGUUGAAAAUGAUAAUCUAGAGGACCAGAAACAGUAUCCCAGCAAAGAACUUUCUUGGAGAAAUCAAUACCUCGCUAUUCAAGAUGCUUGUGAUGAGACAAGUAUGGUCGCCUAUGAUCUUGUGGGUUUUAUGCUGGAGGAAUUGGCCCAGGCGGAAGGGUUAGAGCUUGACCCAACGCAGAGAUUUUAUCUCAAGGGUGAUUACUCCGUUGAUGAAGAACUUUCAGUUGGAAGAAAGAAGAAAGCCACCUCGUGGGAGGAUGUUAAAGGUUCAGUUAUUCAUCGGGCAGUUCAGAAGUUAAUUCCCUCCCUCCCAAAGAGUGUGAUGGAAAAAGUGGAGCAGAUCCUGGACUUUAGGUGAUAUCGCGCUUCUUCCUUCAUUCCUCAAACUCCAUCUGUCUCAUUUACCUCCUCACUUCUUUUUCCACAAGUUUUGCUUCGUGAGGGUAUUUGAUGAAUGGUUUAGUUUAGGUUGAGGUGAGAUGAAUCUGGGAAGAGAGAGAUCGAUGGAAGCUAAAUGAACCCAGGAUCAUAGCAAGCUCAUCUGAAAUUCAUAUAGAACUUUAUUGAACUACUUCGAUUCUUUUAGCAUGUGCUGGGGUUGGAACCCUUGGGCUACAGCAAGUACUGUUAACGUGGAAGGCAUGCUCGGUCUGAACCUGCAUAUCUCAAACUCAACCAGGAUGAUAUACUUUUAUAACGAUAUAAACACAAAGUACAGUUGAAUGUAUUGUUUUAUAAUUGUGUAUAUAUCAUCUAGAUUAUAGCAUUUUGAUACUUGUAGAUGAAUGUAGAGGGUCUUUCAGGAUUUCAUGAUUUCCCCUAUCACUAUAUUGGGCAAUUUUCAGCAGUUUAGUGCUGGUCCGGUUAGUUCAUUUAUGGUGACCUGAGCAUUUACAAGUUAUGGGUAUUAUCGUGACUCGUGC